GUACUGCCGUGUCACAGCAGACUAGGCCUCCCAGUGAGACCCGUCGUUUGAAAAGUUCCCCUGUGUGACAGAGUGCAGGAAUACUGGCGGUGACCCAACCGCCAUCGCUGUCUGUCCGUGUCUAACGCCACGGCUCUCCUCUUGCCCCACAGCCCCCCAGCCCCAUGGAUCCCAUGGCGAAGAUGCGGGGCCAGCCCUAUGGAGCUGCCAACCCCUACUCACAGCAGCCCCAGCAGGGCCCCUCUCCUGGGCAGCAGCAGGGGGUGCCUUACCCCGGCCAAGGCUACGGCCCGCCUGCCCCUCAGAGAUACCCUAUGGGCAUGCAGGGUCGCACCCCUGGGGGCAUGGCUGGCAUGCCUUACGGCCAGCAGAUGGGUCCCUACGGGCAGCAGAGCCCUGCCUCCUACUACAGCCAGCAGGGCCAGCAGCAGGGGCCCUAUGGGCAGCACAGCCAGCCCGGUUCCCCCUACACGCAGUCUCAGGGCCAGCCACCCUACGGCCAGAGUCAGCCUCCCUACGGCCACCAGCAGGUGGCCCCGGGACAGCCGCCCCCACAGCCGGGUUCCCAGGCUCCUCCGGGCGCCCAGGGUCAGGCAGGAUAUCCACAGCAGCAGCAGCAGCAGCAGCAGCCACCUUCUCAGCAGCCCCCGGUGCAAGCGGCGGCUCAACCCCCGCAGUCCCAGCAGCCGCCGGGACACUCUCAGCCUCCGCAGGGCCAACCGGCCCCCUACUCGCAGACCCCCCCUCUCCAACAGCAGCAGUCUUCGUUCCAGCGCUUCCCCCCACCUCCUCAG